CUCACUAAUCAAACAGAAGACUUGAGCAGUAGAGAAGCCUUCUUCAACAAGUUAACAGGCAAAAAUAACCAGUAGCCCUUCUAAAAGAAGUUCAUAAGUCAAGCAAAUCAACGUCACGAGCACAAAAGAUAAGAAUGGUUAUCUUCAGUGCCUAUAUAAGUCAGUUUGUAGGAAAUUUUGCAGCAAUUCUAAGAGAAAGUUGCCCUCAUAAAAUAUUCCUGGUAGAGCUUCUGCAUAUUCCCUUGAUAUCUUUCUGAAUCAACUCUGAAGACUAUUUUCAUCAACUUCAUCAUCUUAACUUGAUGGAUUCUUCAGCUUCAGUUGGAUCGGUGCUGCCUAAGUUAACCUCAGAUACUAAUCAUCAAAACAAUUUGCAGAAAUGGGAACUGCCAAAAGUUUCGAAGAAACAAGUUUAUCAAAAGAGCAUGUUUGAGCUCAAGAAAAAUUACUCCAUCCAGACUACUGAGCGCAUCAUUUCAUUGAAUAACAUGCUUGAAUCCAUCAGAUUGUUUGACCAGCAAGCUGUAAGAAGAUACAGAGAAAAGUAUAAAUAUUUGCAUGUAGGAUUAGUCCAGGUUGGUGUCAAGCCCCUCACCCGUGAAGGGUUCAACACUUCGAUUUUGCUUUGCCUGAGAGACAAGAGAUUGCUUGAUUUCAAUCAAUCCUUGUUAGCAGUUCUUCAAUCAAACCUGGAUGAUGGUCCUGUGUAUUUCAACUGUUAUCCAGACAUCAUGUUCUUUCUUAAUGAUCCAAAUGUUUGGAACUCUCUGGCACUAAACAUCAGGCUUCAGAAUUUAGAAAUGAAUGAAACUUCUUUCCCAGUUGUGUUGAUUUACAGAGUUUAUUUCAAAUGCCUGAUAAACCCUUUCAACACAGCUGCCAAAAAAUCAAGCUGCUUUGACAAAACUCUCAUUUUUCAAACAAAAGUCAGAAGGCUGAGUGCUGAUGUUCCCAGAAUGAUCAAAUGGAGUGAGGUCGAAUUUCCUGAGGAAUGGAAAGUCCGAGAGGAGAAUCCUCCAGAGAAUAAGCAAGCUGGAAGUAACAGGCAAAUUCAGAAUCCUGCUGGUUCAACCCGGAUUGUGUUUCCACAAAGAAAUAAUAGGGAACCCUCAGUUUUGGUGUUCUCUGGUUAAGAAAAUAGAGAUUUCAAGAUCAACCUUUUUGUUAGUUCUGGAUUUUUGUCUUUAGCUCAUAAGAUCCUGGAUUAUGUAUUGCUAUGUACUAUAUCUAUGUAAAUUCUUCUGCUUGGUGUGCAAUGUGAACUACAUAUUCAUAUA